CUGAAUUACUUCAACUGGAUCCGGCACUUCAGAAUUUGCCGUCGACAACGCAAGUGGGAAUUUUGCGAUGGUGCCGGACCGAGAAUGGCGCCCUGCCGGCGAGAAUAUGGAUAAGCGGUGCGCAUCAAUAGUUUACACAGCAGCUGCAUAGAUCUUUACACUUACCCCACUUACUAUCGUGACCAGGACGGCGCGGAAGGUUCAUGCGGCAGAUUUCCAACGCACGUUGCGCGAGCUACGCAAAAAAUACCUGCAAUCGAAUCUCGAAGUUGAUGGAGAAGAGAACGAGGGGAACAGGGAGCCCCCCGGCAGUGACCACAUGCAUGUGUAUGUGCGCAAGCGUCCGCUGCUGUCUCACGAGUUGCGCAAGCACGAGUUCGACGUCAUCACAGCCGUUGGAAAGCGCGAGAUCGUCAUUCACGAGUGCAAAAUGUAUCCGGGUAGGUAGAAAAAUGAGAACAACCGCUGCGAUGUCGGACUCUUAACAAGCGCUCCUGCCCUCUGUGCUGUACAGACAUGAGACACAAGUACGUGGUCUCGCACCACCAACGGUUCACCACUUGCUACGACGAGAAGGUCAACACGGAGACGAUCUAUGAAGACGCCGUCAAGCACUUGCUGUUGCAUGCCAUGCAGGGCGGCAAGUCGGUUUGCAUGAUGUACGGACAGACUGGCUCGGGCAAGACGUACACUAUGAGUGGAUUCUUCCAGUUCGUCGCGGAUGGCCUCUUCACCGAGAUUGUGGGAGAUGUAGACUUUGUGGUCUCAGUUUCUGCCAUUGAAAUUGCCGGUUCCAAGUGCUAUGACCUCAUUCACGAUCGCUCGAAGGUUCUGGUGUGCGAUGACGGUGAAGGCAACACGGGCUUGGUGGGCGCGACCGAAGUGGAAGCCGAUUCGACCAAUUCGCUAUUAGAGGUACUCGACAAUGUCAAGAACUUGCGCUCGACGGAGUCGACUACAGUGAACCACCAGUCCUCGCGCUCUCAUCUUGUAUGCUACAUCAAUCUACGCCGUCGCAGUUCACGUGAUACCCUCGGUGAACUCUACGGACAGUUGGUGUUGCUGGAUUUAGCAGGCAGCGAACGUAACGAAGAUUCGUUCUACCAUGAUGCUGCACGCAGGAAAGAAGCCAUUGAGAUCAACAAGAGCCACUUGGCCCUGAAAGAGUGCGUUCGUGCCAUCGGGCGUGAGGAUAACACUGGCUUCGUGCCCUACCGCGCUAGUGUUCUCACACGUAUCUUGAAGAGCUGCCUCUGGAGUGCCAACUCUCGAGCUAGUGUGAUCGCCACGAUCUCGCCGUUAUCAAUCGACACGGAACACACAUUGCACACUUUGCUGUGUGCUGGUCAAAUGCUCGAAGACACUCCUCACGUCAGCACUGAGCGCGUCGAUGUGAAAGAAGCUGGAGAAGGCGAAGAGGAGCGCAUGGUUCCGAUUCGAGAAUGGGACAACGAUCGUGUGAGGAACUGGCUCUGCUCGGUGCGCAAAGGCAAGUUCCAAAAGUUUGCUGACAACGUCAACAGCUCCGUCGAUGGCAGAAUGCUCAUUCGAUUCACACACGCUCGGUUCACGCAACUUUGCGGUGGCGACAGCCUUGCUGGUGGUCAUUUACUGAAGGCAUUUCGCGACGAAGUGGCCAACCAAGACAAGAUGCUUAAGGCGAGACGAGAGCGCAAUGCAGCACGUCGCAAAUAAUCAAGCCCGACAGCCUGUCGGGCUUGAUUAUUGUCGGUGACAGGUAAACCUACAGCUAACACACCGUAUGGAAAUUGAUAUAUAAUGUCAUUGUUACGCCAACAACCAAGCCGCUCAUGCGCUUGUCUAGUGGUCUAUCUCGGUGUAGUGCUUCGUUGGGAUGAACUUGUAUGUAACAAGUGCUCCCAGCAGAGAUACUGUCGCGCUCAGUGCCAAAAGAUAAGAUACGCCGAAUCGAGCUUCGACAAUACCAAAAGAAGCCGCUCCAAUAGCAGCACCGAGCUUCCCCGCUGCUGCAGCGACUCCAUUGAGUUCGACCCGCACGUCUUCCGAGAAGAUCUCCGCUGGCAGACAAAACGUGCCGACGUUUGGUCCAAAAUUCGAGAAGAAGAACGUGAGCGCGUACAUACCAAGCAGCAGUCCCCUGUAGUCCAACAGUUGCUCGUAGAACGAUCCAAGUGCCAGGAAGAGUAGCGCCAUUACGACAAACCCCAUGAUCUGAAUCGCCUUGAAGCUGAUCUUGCCGACUAUACACACCGUAAGCAGGUUUCCCGGCAGAGCGAUGGCUGCCACAACCAAUGAGCACAGUGCAACGUCAGCGAAAUGGUGCUUGUCCAAGCCGUACGUGUCCUGCAGAAUAAUAGGCGUGAAGAUGACGUUCCCGUAGAAGGUUAUAUCAAACAGAAACCAGCUUGCACAGGCACCGAACAGCUUCCGUUGCAGCGACGAGCUUUCUCGUAAUUUAUCCCACAACUUUGAUCGACACGACACCUCUGAAUCCCUCUUUCGAAGCUCAAUCGGUGGGGUCACUGGCGACGGCAAGUCCUCCUCUACUUGGAAAGCUCGUCGGAGCACGAAUAGUCCGGGGAACGCACCAACAAGUAGCAGAACUCUCCAUCCGAUUGUACGCUGUGCGUUCAUAGCCAACAUGAUGUAGGCCAUGAGCGGUGCAAGUAGCUGUCCAAUGCCCUGGAAGCUAAAGACUGCGGCCACAAUCCUGCUCUUCUUGAGCUCAUCGUGACUGUGCGUCGACUCCACAGCCGAUGCUGCUGAUAACGGGUAAACGCCUCCAACUCCGACACCCAAAACAAACCGACAUGCUGCUAGUACAUGAUAAACCGAGUCCGUUCCCCAUGGUAGUAGUGCACUUGAUGCGGCACCUAGAAUGGACAAUAACAGCGUGAAGAUCAUCCCCUUUCUGCGUCCCAUUACUGCCCCCACAUAGCCAAAUGUGAGCUGUCCUACAAUGGCCCCCACCAACGAGCACGAGUCUACAGUAGACCGCAGCUCUGGACUCGAGUUGGGAUACGAUCGCUGCAGCAUCAUCAGCGCGUAAUUGAUCACUGCCAGAUUAUACUAGUACAUAGUUAGCUUACUUGCAAUACCAAUGCAGUGUACGCGUUGCAACGUACUGCUGUGCUGAGGUUAGCGAUGGCGGACACCAAGAUCUGGUCGCUGACCACCACUUCAUCAUCGACUUCCAGUGGAACUUCUUGGGUUGUACUGCCGUAUCCAGAGCGCGCCGUCUGCCGAUCUUUCACUAGGAGGAGAUCCGAUAGUUCAGACGAACUGCUGGCCUCAGUGCUGAGUCCGCCGGACGACGCGCGCUCACGCGGCGCUACCUGGUUCAUUAGGAGCUCUGCUUUGAUGCGUCUAGUGUCAGGCAUGGGGGUUGAAGAAUGUGUCAGACUGACAAUUCGUGACUGGGGUCGCAAGUGACUGCUCGAGCGCUUAUUGGCUCAGAUUCGGUUAGAAGGUUACUCAUAACUGCCCGAAUCUUCCCAUCCAGACGGUAUGGACUUCAUCAGCGAUGCGUGUGGCAUGGGAAUAGUGCUGUUCCUAUGAAUAUCCUUGGCGUCAGACCGGCAGACUCAGAUAAUCAACAUAAAUAAAGCUGUCAACAACGAAUAUAGCUUCUGGCUA